UUCUCGCUCUCUUUCUUUGCCUCGGCAGCUGGCUGAGGGGGCGGGCCUUGCAGUCUUUGUUGCCGGAGGAGCGAGUGCAGCUGCCCCGCGGCUAGAGUCAGGACCAGGACCUUGGGAAGAGUUUAAAGCCAGGCAUGUCCUGAGUCGGACCCAGGCCCGGCUGGGACGCAACGGCGUAGACUAAGGAGUGCACAGGGGUCGUCCUGCGGCCACCCCGUCCGGGCCAUGCACCGUGGUCCGAGUCUCCUCCUGAUCCUGUGCGCUCUGGCGCCUCGCGUCCGACCUGCAUCAGGUCUUGUGACUGAGGGCCGGGCGGGUUUGGACAUCGUGCACCCGGUGCGAGUAGAUGCUGGAGGCUCCUUCCUGUCCUAUGAGCUGUGGCCACGGGUGCUGCGCAAGCGCGAUGUGUCCACCAUGCAGGCUUCGUCUGCUUUCUACCAGCUGCAGUACCAAGGGCGGGAACUGCUUUUCAACUUGACCACCAACCCUUAUCUGAUGGCUCCCGGCUUUGUGAGUGAGAUUCGACGUCACAGCAGUUUAGGCCAUGCGCACAUCCAAACCAGUGUCCCAACCUGCCAUUUGCUUGGUGAUGUCCAGGACCCGGAGCUGGAAGGAGGCUUUGCAGCCAUUAGCGCCUGCGAUGGCCUAAGAGGUGUGUUCCAGCUCUCCAAUGAGGACUACUUCAUUGAGCCUCUGGAUGGAGUUUCAGCUCAGCCUGGACAUGCCCAGCCCCAUGUGGUAUACAAGCACCAAGGCUCUAGGAAGCAGGCCCAGCAGGGUGACUCAAGGCCUUCAGGCACCUGUGGGAUGCAAGUGCCCCCAGAUCUGGAGCAGCAGCGAGAACAUUGGGAACAGCAGCAGCAGAAGCGGAGGCAGCAGCGAUCAGUCAGCAAAGAGAAGUGGGUGGAGACCUUGGUAGUGGCUGAUUCCAAGAUGGUGGAGUACCACGGGCAGCCGCAAGUGGAGAGCUAUGUGCUGACAAUCAUGAACAUGGUGGCUGGACUCUUUCACGAUCCAAGCAUUGGGAACCCCAUUCACAUCAGCAUUGUGCGCCUUAUCAUACUGGAAGACGAGGAGAAGGACUUAAAGAUCACACACCAUGCCGAAGAGACUCUGAAAAACUUCUGUAGGUGGCAGAAGAACAUUAACAUAAAGGGGGAUGACCACCCACAGCACCAUGACACUGCCAUCCUGCUCACCAGGAAGGAUUUGUGUGCAUCCAUGAACCAGCCCUGUGAAACCCUGGGCCUGUCUCAUGUGUCUGGCUUGUGCCACCCUCAGCUCAGCUGUAGCGUCAGUGAGGAUACUGGCAUGCCACUGGCCUUCACUGUGGCCCACGAGNUAGGACACAGUUUUGGCAUUCAGCAUGACGGCACCGGCAAUGACUGUGAAUCCAUUGGGAAACGGCCUUUCAUCAUGUCUCCACAGCUCCUGUAUGACAGAGGCAUUCCUCUCACCUGGUCCCGCUGCAGCNGCGAGUACAUCACCAGGUUCCUUGACCGUGGGUGGGGCCUGUGCUUAGAUGACCGUCCAUCCAAGGAUGUCAUUGCACUCCCCUCGGUGCUGCCCGGUGUCCUGUACGAUCGGAAGCGGUUCCAGAUCUGCCACCUGCCAGCCUGCCCGCCGGACCGUCCCUCUUUCCGUCACACCCAGUGUAGCCACUUUGAUGGCAUGCUGUACAAGGGCAAGCUCCAUAAAUGGGUGCCUGUGCCCAAUGAUGACAACCCCUGUGAGCUGCACUGCCGGCCCUCCAACUCCUCCAAUACAGAGAAGCUGAGGGAUGCUGUGGUGGAUGGCACCCCUUGCUACCAAGGCCGCGUCAGCCGUGACAUCUGCCUCAACGGCAUCUGUAAGAACGUGGGCUGCGACUUUGUGAUUGACUCUGGUGCUGAGGAGGACCGCUGUGGCGUGUGCCGGGGGGAUGGCUCUACUUGCCAGACUGUGAGCAGGACCUUCAAGGAGACUGAAGGCCAGGGGUAUGUGGAUGUAGGGCUGAUCCCAGCCGGAGCCAGAGAGAUUCUUAUUGAGGAGGUGGCUGAGGCUGCUAACUUCCUGGCCCUGCGGAGUGAGGACCCAGAUAAGUACUUUCUCAAUGGAGGCUGGACCAUCCAGUGGAAUGGAGACUACCGAGUGGCAGGCACUACCUUCACCUAUGCACGAAAGGGCAACUGGGAGAAUCUCACAUCCCCAGGCCCCACCAGUGAGCCUGUCUGGAUCCAGCUGCUGUUCCAGGAGAAGAACCCUGGGGUACACUACCAGUACACCAUCCAGAGGGACAGCCACGAUCAAGUCCGGCCACCUGAGUUCUCCUGGCAUUAUGGGCCCUGGAGCAAGUGCACGGUCACUUGUGGCACAGGCAUGCAGAGGCAGAGUUUAUACUGCAUGGAGAGGCAGGCCGGGGUGGUUGCCGAGGAAUACUGUAACACUCUAAAUCGGCCCGAUGAACGCCAGAGGAAAUGCAGUGAGGAGCCCUGUCCCCCCAGGUGGUGGGCAGGGGAGUGGCAGCCGUGUUCCCAAUCCUGCGGGCCUGAAGGCGUCUCUCGCCGGGCUGUGUUCUGCAUACGUAGUAUGGGGCUGGAUGAGCAGCGUGCUCUUGAGCUAUCUGCCUGCGAACAUCUUCCUCGUCCCCUGGCUGAAACCCCAUGCAACCGUCAUGUAAUCUGUCCUUCCACUUGGGGUGUGGGGAACUGGUCUCAGUAUCCCAUGUACAUAGUGGACACAGGUGCCUCUGGAAGCGGCUCCUCCAGCCCCGAGCUCUUCAAUGAGGUUGACUUCAUCCCGAACCAGCUGGCCCCACGACCUUCCCCAGCAUCCUCACCCAAGCCGGUCAGCAUCAGCAACGCUAUUGAUGAGGAGGAACUAGAUCCGCCAGGGCCCGUGUUUGUGGAUGAUUUCUAUUAUGACUACAAUUUCAUUAACUUCCAUGAAGACCUGUCCUAUGGGUCCUUUGAAGAACCCCAUCCAGACCUGGUUGAUAUUGGGGGUUGGACAGAACCACCUCACAUCAGACCCACUGAAUCCCCCUCAGACAGCCCAGUACCUACUGCAGGGGCUCUUGGAGCUGAGGAAGAAGACAUUCAGGGAUCUUGGUCUCCUAGCCCCUUACUCAGUGAGGCUAGCUAUUCCCCAUCAGUAUUAGAGCAGACCUCCAUCAACCCCUUGGCCAAUUUCUUGACUGAGGAAGAUACUCCCAUGGGGGCCCCUGAACUUGGAUUCCCCAGCUUGCCCUGGCCCCCUGCUUCAGUUGAUGAUAUGAUGACACCUGUUGUCCCUGGAAACCCUGAUGAGUUGCUAGUGGAAGAAGAUGAGCAGAGCCCGCCAUCCACUCCAUGGUCUGAUAGGAACAAACUUUCUACAGAUGGUAACCCCUUGGGUCAUACAUCCCCUGCCCUGCCCCAAAGCCCUAUCCCCACACAGCCCUCUCCACCCUCCAUCAGUCCUACCCAAGCUUCUCCGAGUCCUGAUGUGGUAGAGGUGUCGACAGGAUGGAAUGCGGCCUGGGACCCUGUGCUAGAGGCUGACCAGAAGCCCGGACACGGUGAGCAGCCAUCCACUGUGGAGGUGGCUUCUCCUCCACUUCUUCCCAUGGCCACUGUGCCAGGCAUCUGGGGCAGGGACAGCCCUCUUGAACCAGGAACUCCUACCUUUUCAAGCCCAGAACUGAGCUCACAGCACCUAAAAACUCUGACAGUGCCUGGGACCUUGCUUUUGACAGUACCAACUGACCUGAGGAGCCCGGAACCAUCGGGCCAGCCACAGACCCCUAACCUUGAGGGAACCCAGAGCCCUGGGUUGCUGCCUACAUCAGCUCGGGAGACUCAAACUAACAGUAGCAAGGAUCCUGAGGUCCAGCCAUUGCAGCCCAGCCUAGAGGAGGAUGGUGCCCCCGCAGAUUCACUGCCUGCCAGGAAUGCCAGCUGGCAAGUAGGAAACUGGAGCCAGUGUUCCACCACCUGUGGCCUGGGCGCCAUCUGGAGGCUAGUGAGCUGCAGCUCUGGCAAUGAUGAGGACUGCACCCUCGCUAGCCGUCCCCAGCCUGCCCGCCAUUGUCAUCUGAGGCCCUGUGCUGCCUGGCGCGCGGGCAACUGGAGUAAGUGCUCUCGAAACUGUGGUGGAGGUUCCUCUACAAGGGAUGUACAGUGUGUGGAUACACGGGACCUCCGGCCACUGCGGCCCUUUCACUGCCAGCCCGGGCCUACCAAGCCACCCAACCGUCAGCUCUGUGGGACCCAGCCCUGCCUCCCCUGGUACACCUCCUCCUGGAGAGAGUGUUCUGAGGCUUGUGGUGGUGGUGAACAGCAGCGUCUGGUGACAUGUCCAGAGCCAGGCCUCUGUGAGGAGUCGCUGAGACCCAACAACAGCAGGCCCUGCAACACCCACCCCUGCACACAGUGGGUGGUAGGGCCCUGGGGUCAGUGCUCAGCCCCCUGUUGUGAGCGGGAUCGCCUGUCCUUCAAUUUCUGUGAGACGCUGCGCCUGCUGGGCCGCUGCCAGCUGCCCACCAUACGCGCUCAGUGCUGCCGUUCAUGUCCCCCACUCAGCCGUGGUGUCCCUACCCGAGGCCAUCAUCGGGUGGCCAGACGGUAAACCGAGGAAGGCCACAUCAGAAUGCACAGACUGACCCUUGACACACAGACCUCAGUGCCCCACCACAGGCUGCGGUGGAGCCCUCCCGCUCCUCGUGUCCUAAUGGUGCUAACCCCACCCCUGCACGGUGGCAGGCUGGGGACCCCCUUUCCUUUCAGAAAAGGUAUUUUUUUAUUCUAACAGUUUGCACAUUUCUUAUUAUUUUACAUAAAUGAGUAUCUACCCUUUCAGAGUGGUUUGGCCUUGUCUUUGGAUNUGGAGACUCUCCAACGUGACCCUGCCNUACCUACCUCUUGUCAAAUGGCUACUACCCCUUCCCCUGUUGGGAGUCAGAGCAGACAGCAGCUUCUCUGUUCCUAGGGGGCAAAUCAGCACAGAGACCAUGAAAAGCAGCCUAAUAUAGACACACAAGGUCCUGAAGGUGGUGGAGGUGGCUUCUAGGGAAGGGGUAUCCCCAGAGGGUUACAUGG